UGCACCCUUCCUUAAUUCGUCCUUUAUAUACGAGCACUCUCCUUGUAUUCUUUCUUCAGGAUAAAGGAUUUCGAACAAGCAAAAUCCAUUUUCGUCUUGCUCUCCUCUCCUCUUCUUCUCACUUCAAAGAGCCAUGGUUUCUUCAGAUACUGCUAGAAAUGUGGUUGGAGUCCUAGGAAAUAUCAUCUCCCUCUUCUUAUUCCUAUCACCAGUGCCAACAUUUAUACAGAUAUGGAAGAAAAAGGCAGUAGAGCAGUAUUCUCCGAUCCCAUAUCUCGCAACCUUAGUGAACUGUAUGGUAUGGAUUCUAUAUGGUCUCCCUCUGGUGCACCCAAACAGCCUGCUGGUUGUGACCAUUAAUGGAUCAGGAACAGCUAUUGAGUUUGUUUAUAUUAUCCUUUUCGUUAUCUACUCCGACAAGAAAAAGAGGAUUAAAGUUCUUCUGAUAGUGCUUUUGGAGAUCAUAUUCAUUGCUGUUCUUGCCAUUUGUGUUCUAACUCUUGCUCACACUACCAAGAAGAGAUCUAUGAUUGUGGGAUUUAUAUGCGUAUGCUUUAAUGUCAUGAUGUAUGCUUCUCCAUUAGCAGUCAUGAAAACGGUAAUAACAACAAAAAGUGUGGAGUAUAUGCCAUUCUUCCUAUCAUUUGCUUCAUUUGCCAAUGGUAUUGCCUGGUCUACGUAUGCCAUCAUCCGUUUUGACCCUUUCAUACUUAUUCCUAAUGGGGUGGGCACUCUAUUUGCAUUGGCCCAACUGAUACUGUACGCCGUAUUCUACAAAUCAACGAAGAGGCAGAUAGCAGCAAGGGAAGAGAAAGGAGAGGUGGGCUUAUCAGAAGUGGUUGUGAAUGGAGAUUUGAAAAGAGCAAGCACUGCAGCUUUGAAUGGCACUGCUUCUGAAAUCCACAGGGCGUGAAAUGAAAUAUAUAUAUGAAGUAGGAAGAUUUUGAGUUUUGGCCCUAAUGAAAUAUUAACAGUCCAAUGUUUUUCUCCUUUUACUCCAUUUCAUGAACUAUUUCAAGAGAGCUACAAUAAAUGUAUUAAGCCAAAAGUGGUUUUUGCCUCAUAAUCAAGUUCUCUGCUUUAUUACUGUCUCA